GGAGCAGGCGCAGCGGCGGCGCCGCGCUGAGGGCAAGGCCGGAGCUGAGGGUUGGUGCCGUGAGGGGGGCGGUAGGCACCGACCGGGUGCCGGGGGUCGGUUCCGCCAUGUUCCGGCACGGCUCAGCCGCCGCCGCCGCCGCCUCUCGCCUCCGCCCCGCAGCCUCGCUCCGCGCUUGGGCCCCGCUGGAAGCCGCCGGGGCCGGGCCGCAGCCGCAGCGCCGCCGGUACCGAGCGAGGCCGCAGGACCUGGAGCCUCCUCCCCGGGGCCACCUCCUGCCCCCCCCUUGGCUGCCCCCCAGCCCUCGGCUGCCCCCUGGCGGCCCCCGGGGGCAGUUCCUGUCCCCCCCGGAGGGGCUGGGCGGGGCCAUAACUACGGUGGCCGCCAGGCAGGACGACGACAUCGCUGUCAGGGAUGGGACCUCCCCUUCCCCUUCUCCCCCCCACGGCGCCCCCUUCCCCCACCCCCCCCACCUCCUCCUCCUCCUCAGCCCCUCCCCCAACCCCUGGCUGGCUCCCGCGGGGGGGCCCCAGCCCCCUGCCCCCCCCCAGCCCAGCAUGGAGGAGCACCUGGCAGUGAUGCACCAGAAGCUGCAGCAUGAGCUCCCCAACUUCUUCCUGAAGGUUCCUGACUAUGGCCUCUACUCCCUGGACGUGGAGUUCAUCAACCCCCCCCUGAGGAUCCACACCCGGGGGCGCCCGAUGUACCAGCUGGCGGUGGCGCUGUGCCGGGUGCUGGCCUGGGGCUACUUUGCCAGCCUGAGGCUGGAGCUGCUGGCCCUGACUCGGCACCCCGAGGAUGGCACCAUCCGGGCACGCUGGCGCCUCACCGGGCUGCCGCUGCACCUGCUGCUGCUGCGCUUCUACCGCCGCGACAAGAGAGCCCUGCUCAGGUCCUUCGAUGCCUUCUCCACCUUCACCCUCAACCCCCAGGGCCUCAUCUGCUGCCACCGAGUGGACAAGCUGAUGCCAGCCCCCAGGGCCCUCCCCGAGGCCAAGAAGCUGCUGGUGGCGGCGGGGGGGGGGCUGGCAGCGGCCACCCUGGUGGCCCCCCCGGGGACCUCCUCUGCGCCACAGCCUCAGGCCUGAGGCCACCGCCAGGGACCUUGGGGGGACAGCCUGAGGAAGUGUCC